UUGUCAGGUUGACCACGCCUCAUGAGGAACUCCACAAAAAGACACGUCACAGCGAUCAGCUGACACCUCUGAAGAAGACUGAAGUUGUCAGUCGAAACAUGUCAACAUCUCCUACUUACCUUGUCUGAACAAAAGAAACUAAGAAAUAACACCAGAAAAAGCCGCUAGAUUUUUUGCUAGUCGCAUUUUUGAAAAAGAAUCUCCAGAGGGUCUGAAUAGUCGCUAAAUAUAGAGACAAUGUCGCUAAGUUGACAACACUGCUUGCUGCGUCGGACUGUUGUCACAAAGCGACUUACAAUAAGUGCAUUCAACCUGAAGGUACUAGACUCAGACCACAGGAAUCAAGUAAGUACAUAACUUUAAGAGCCAACUGUCAUUGCUACAGGAGUGCUAUAUGUUAAAGAAGAGAAGAAGAGAAAAGAAGAAGAGCAUUUUUUUAUUUUUUUUUUAAUAUAUAUAUGUUAGGUGACCAUGACUUAACCGAGGUAUUGUUGGAAGAGGAAGGUCUUCAGCCUGCGGCGGAAGAUGUACAGGCUGUCUGAGGUCCUGAUGUCGGUGGGGAGCUCGUUCCACCAUUUGGGAGCCAAGACAGAAAAGUCUGGAGGAGGUUUUGAGGCGAGUUGACCCACGCAGGGUGGGAGUCGCCAGCUGUUUGGCUGAUGCAGAGCGGAGAGGACGGGCAGGGGUGUAGAGUUUGACAAGGUCCUGGAUGUAAGUAGGACCUGAACCCUUAGCAGCAGAGUACGCCAGAGCUAGAGUCUUGAAACGUAUCCGCGCAGCCACCGGUAGCCAGUGGAGGGAGCGGAGGAGGGGCGUUGUGUGUGAAAAUUUGGGAAGAUUGAAGACCAAUCGAGCAGCUGCAUUCUGGAUGAGUUGCAGAGGUCAGAUGGCUUUGGCAGGCAGACCUGCCAUGAGGGAGUUGCAGUAGUUCAGGCGUGAGAUGACCAGCGCCUGGACAAGAAAGCACCAGAAAGCACAUCAUGUUUUUUAUCUGCACAUUGAUCCACAUCUGGCUUUUUGACUGUUUAAAUACAAACAUGAAACUCAGAGAGAUGACAAGCUGAUCUGUUUCAAUUAGGGGAAGUAAAUGUUCAAGUCAGAAUUAGACAGUAACACUACGCCCAUAACAGGAAGUUAAAACUGCAUCUCUCUUAAAGACUUACAUCAGUGGGUCAGAGACAGUUGAGGUGGUGAGACGGGAGACGGAGACGAAGGAAACAAAAUGGUUGAACUGAGAUGGAUGAUUUUCUUUGUGAUGCUCCAGUUUGCAGUAACUGGACUAAAUGUAUCCUACAUCAUGGCCAGAUAUGGAGACGAGGUCACUUUGCCUUGUGACAAUGUGAUAGAAAAUCAGAACCAAUGUAACCAAACUUCUUGGUUUUACAGUCGUCAUGAAGGAAAUCAAACAGAAGAUCUGAUUAGUCUCGGUCAGAUUGGUAAAAGUGAGAUAGCUGAAGCUAAAUCCAACAGACUGAGUGUGACAGCAGACUGUUCUCUGGUUAGAAAGGACGUCACACAUACGGAUGUUGGUCGUUACAGCUGCAGACAGUUCAACAGAGCAGGACAUCAACAAGGUGGAGAUGCUCUGGUUGUUCUGUCUGUUAUUUUCAGUGAGUAUUUACAUCAUAAUGUUUUCAGCUCAAACUGUCUUGUUAGAAUAACAUACCGAGAUAUUAUAUUAAUCAUGAUUACAGUGAUGAAGUUAAUUUCACUCUUCUCUCUCUUUUCUCUCAUAAUAUCUCAAUCUUCACCAGUCAAUGAAAAACAGAACGGUGAUCAAACUACCUUUGAGUGCUAUGUGUUUACACAUGGUGGAUGUGAACACACAGUUCAGUGGUUGUUUGAUGGUAACAACAAUGACGUGGAGACAACAGCAGGUUCCUGUUCAGCCAGCGUGACAUUUCCAACUCGUUAUCUGAGUCAGAAGUUAAAGAUCUACGAGUCUCUGAAGUGCAACGUGACAGAUCACAGGAGUGGAGAAACGCUGCUGUUUUCAACAGUAACUGGACUAAAUGUAUCCUACAUCAUGGCCAGAGAUAGAGACAAGGUCACUUUGCCUUGUGACAAUGUGAUAGAAAAUCAGAACCAAUGUAACCAAACUUCUUGGCUUCACAGUCCUGAAAGAGGAAGAUCAGCAGAAGAGCUGAUUAGUCUCGGUCAGAUUGGUAAAAGUGAGAUGACUAAAGCUAAAUCCAACAGACUGAGUGUGACAGCAGACUGUUCUCUGGUUAUAAAGGACGUCACAUAUCAGGAUGUUGGUCGUUACAGCUGCAGACAGUUCAACAGAGCAGGACAACAACAAGGUGAAGAUGCUCUGGUUGUUCUGUCUGUUAUUUACAUUCAGUGGUUGUUUGAUGGUAACUUUAAUGACACGGAGACAACAGCAGGUUCCUGUUCAGCCAGGGUGACAUUUCCAACUCCUCAUCCUAGUCAGAAGUCAAAGUUCUACGAGUCUCUGAAGUGCAACGUGACAGAUAACAGGAGUGAGAAAACGCUGCUCUUCCAGUCUUCACUUGAGAAAACAGCUACAGGGUCUGUCUCUCCUUGGUGGAGGAUCAUCAUUGUGCUUGUGGGUUUAGCAGCUGUCAUAGCAGCUGUUGUGCUGGUCAACAUAUGGAUAAGAACUAAAGGAAACCAAACACUGAGAGAAGACAAUGUUGAGCCGAAUGAUGAGGAUGAAGAUGAAGGUACAGUGAUGUAUGAAAGCGGUGCAGUGUACGUCAUCAGCUCCGUCAGAGGGAAUCCCCGCUGGGAAACGCCUCAGUCAAAUGCCGACAGCAGGCCGCAGUGUUUCCCUGGCUCCGCCCUCUUCUGCUCUAUCGGUCUGGCGUCCAAUCACCUGCCUCCAGCUCAGCCUUAA